CAAGGCAGAUUGGAUGUGACACUGCAGUUAGUAUUCUUUGAUGGAGAAGAGGCCUUCAAGAGUUGGAGUAGCACAGAUUCCCUCUAUGGUGCAAGGCAUCUGGCUGCAGCAUGGGCAAAUACACCCCACCCUAGGACACCUGGAUGCUCCCAGCUUGAUGGCAUUAAUAUGCUUGUGCUGCUGGAUCUUUUGGGAACAGAGAUGGGGUGCACUUUCUGUCCCCAACUGUAUGACUGGCAGUCAAACACAAGGGUUUGGUAUGGGAACAUGGUAGCCAUUGAAGAUCGACUGGAACGCCUCAACUUGCUUGACAAGCACAGUGGGAAAGGAUCAUAUUUUAAACCCAAGGCUGAUUACUCAUUUGGGGCUGGGCUGCAGGAUGAUCACGUCCCAUUCUUGCAAAGAGGUGUGAAGAUAGUGCACUUAAUCCCAAGACCUUUCCCAUCAGUGUGGCACCAAGAGAAGGACAACUACUCAGCCCUACAUGGACCCACCAUUGGGAACCUGCUCAAGAUCUUCCGUAUAUUCACGGCUGAGUACCUCCAGCUUCCCAUCUAGGAUUCCGCAGAGAACUUGCCCGUUCCCUCUCCCCCUCUUUCUUUUAAUGCACAACAUACUGAACUCUGAUUUACUGGAUGGUGAUUCUCUUAUUCCAUGAUGGUUUUUCCCCAGGGGAAAAGGGACCCAUUUUAUUCAUUUGAAUUCACUCAUAUAACGUGUAUUUUCAUUGUUCAGCAAAAGGAAUUUAUGAUAUCCAGUAUCCUUACGUACUGUACUUGAAGGUUGAAGCCUUUAGAUCUUCAGAAAUUGGAAGGGGUGAAAAGAAAAGUAGUCUAUUGGCAGAAAAUUGUUUUCUCAAGCUCAAGAGUGAAUAUUCCAGUAAGGAAAGUGGUAUGUGUAGUUAGACCAGUUUUGCACUUACAUUAAUCCAAAAAACUACAGUCUUCAAUAAAGGAAAUAAAGAAUCAAUGGACACUGAACCAACUCAGAUAUUUUUUGCAUAUAGACCACUUUUCCUUUCAAUUCUUCAAACUUAUUUCCCUGGACUACUUUUUGCUUUUCAGUUCAGUUCCCCUUUGGGCAAGUUCUCUGCCUCGGCAUUCCUGGAUUUGUGACUCAUGAUUUGAAGUUGAAUUUUUUUGUUGAAAAGGUGAUGGGCACUGUUAAAGUUGAUGACUAAUGGAGUAUCAUACCUUGGUGGAUGGUAGUUAUUGUGGUAUGAACCAUUGAGCUGUAGCAAUUGUAAUUUCAUUUGGUGGUCAGGUGUUGCAGUGUUUCAUUUGUUGGGAGUACCCUUGUUUCGUGCUAGUGAGAUGAUGAAAAGAAAAAGGACUCUGAUGGUCUUUCAAUUAGGAUUAAAUACAAGGUGAAUUUUCAAGCCUGAUAGGAAAAUGGUGACAAGGAUGAGAAAAGAAUAAGUCAAUUGCUGAUGGAGGACUGACUCCAAGCUAGAGAAGAGAGGGGGAAGGGCCAAGACAAGAAACAGGAACCUGGUGUGCAAGUGUACUCUUUGGUCAUGUCCUCGGCUCAAGUCAAUUUGCCAUCCUUGUCCAAGCAAGCAAGUGUUGUCUGCUUCUUCCCCCUUCAAACAGGGAUGCAGGGAUGAGGUAAAAUGUUGUGCAGACAUUAAUAUCAGCUUCAGAUACAUUGCCAAUCAAUUUGACAUCACAAUACUGGGUGACAAAAAAGUUCAAACUAUUUCUUUUAAUUAAUUUUUCAUGCAAUUGUUUAAAAUUUCACAUUGACAAUGCCACUCAUUUUGUUCAUCUAAUUCUGUUCUUCAUGCUUAUUUCAAACACUUAUUAAUAUCUCUGUUGCCAAACACGUCUGCAACUCGUCUAUUGACCAUCAUUUUAUAGGUAAGUUUCACAAUUGACUCCAAUUUGCUUGGCUAUCCUUCUCAUUGACACUCUCAGAUUUCUUUUCACUUGACCUUUGAAAGGAUUGGAAACAUGAGCAGUAGUAGCAGUAUGUGGCCAAACACUUUGAGGGUGAUCCAGUGUAUUUCCUUGUUCUUUUGUAGCAUUUUUAAAAUUCUGUGCACAUUUUUUCUUGGGAUUCUGAGCAAUUUAGCUCUCUUGUAUCCGGUUUUUCCAGCUUCUAAAAAUCCAAUUAUUGCUGCUCAUUUAAGAUCCAUUGCUGUAGUUUUUAUAGAGAUAUUAAAGAAAGUUUGAAAUAGACAUGAUAGAGCAUAAUUAGACAUAAAAAUGAGGUGUUAUCUUACUGCAAAAUUUUAAAUAAACAUGCAAAUAAUUCUAAAAAAUAGUCUUAAUUUUUUUGUCACUCUGUACUAAUGCAAGAAAAAAAAACCCAUCCUACAGUUAGGAUUCAAUACACCUGGUCCCAAUUACAAACAUUAUUGAGCAGUUCAGAUCUUUCAGGCCUUCAGCCCUACUGACACAUGUAUCCAUCUUGGGGUGGUUCAAAACAGCUGGGAUGUGGUUAUUGGAAAGGAAUAUAAUGACAUUAUGGUCAAAGUUUUGGAAUGCAGUUCUUGUCUAGUAACCUCUCAAGCAAGAAAUUGACACAUUUUCAGGUUUAGGAAUGGAUUUCAUCUGCUAGAUCCUGUCUUCAUAUGAGAUUUUAAUAUCCUUACCUUUCUUGAUUCAAAGUUAUUGAAAAUUUUCAUACAUAAUUUUCUUGGUAUAUUUCCCAGUGCUUGUUUAACCCCCCUACAUUAGUACUCAAGCAGUUUUUUUUUCAGCUAAAUAUUAGCUGGGAGAACAAUCAAGUUGGCAAUGCACAUGAGAUUGCUUGAGUCUGAUAAUGGUCAAAUACAAGAAAGUAAGACUACUUUCUUGUAUUUGACCAUGAGAUAUACAUGGUGAAUCAGAAAGGAUGCACCACAAGGAUUUCUCUUAUUAGGAUAUAAAUUGUAGGUGAUGUGUUAUGGAACCAUGGCUAUGUACAGGACUGAGGAGAGAGUGGACUUGGUGUUAGUGACAUAUGGUGGUGGCAAUUGGAAAAUUUGUUGUGUAAUUGUUUUCAUUAUGUUGCAUCAUUUCUGUUUGAAUGGGAUUGAGAUUUUCAUCUCUGUAUUCACCAGUAUUUCCAUGGUUUAUCAACUUGGAGAAAGUAUUGACAUGAGACUGUUUAUUAUCCUUGUCUAGUCCCAUUGCAAGUAAGUGUUUAUGCGAGCAUGCCAUAAUGUCCAGUGCUAUGGAUGCCAUGAAGUUCAUGAAGUUAUAUUAUGUGGUAUGCAAUUAUUCUGUAAUGGAGGAAGUACCCAUACUUGUAUUGGAUUGCACUUGAAUAAGAAAUAUUAUUUUAUUGUCGUAUUUUUUAUGACUCCAUUUUUCUUGAUAAUACACAAUUAAACCCUCAUUCCUCUU